AGGGGCGGGGAUACCACGGGGAUCGCCGCGUGCAGCAGUUCUGGGCAAAGCCCGGUCUGGACAAUGCGGCGCAGGACCCUGUCCAGCUGAACCUUAAGCGUGUCCAGUGUUGGGGAACCCACCGCGUUCCAGGGAGGCUGUUCCAGGGGCGGGUUGUUCCCGUUGGGAAGCCCCUGCAGCUCUGCGGGGUCUCGCUUUCGGGCGCGCGGCUCCUGCUUUCCGCGGGAUGGCCGCGCGCUGACCCUAAAACCGGCCGUUCUGCCGCGGAACUGGCCCGCACACACCUCCGGCCCGCGGGGGGGCGCUGUCCGCGCGGCGCUCCGCCCUGCUACCGCGCGGCGCUCCUGCUGCAGGCCUGUCGGGAGUUGUGGUCCCGCGCGGCACGUGCGCGGGGCCCAGUCGUGGCCGCCAUGCCCAAGGUGCGGGCGGGGAAGCGGCCGCGGCAGGAGCGGCGGGACGGCUGUGCCGGCGGGAUCCUCUUCAACACCGGGGCCGGGCAGCACAUCCUGAAGAACCCGCUUGUCGUCAACAGCAUCAUCGAGAAGGCUGCCCUGCGACGCACAGAUGUCGUUCUGGAAGUAGGCCCAGGAACCGGUAACCUAACAGUAAAGAUGUUAGAGAAAGUAAAAAAAGUUAUUGCUUGUGAAAUUGAUCCUAGGCUUGUUGGUGAGCUUCAGAAGAGAGUUCAGGGCACGUGUCUGGCAAACAAACUUGAAAUCAAGGUUGGAGAUGUCUUGAAAUCAGACUUACCGUUUUUUGAUGCGUGUGUUGCUAACUUGCCUUACCAGAUUUCUUCACCUUUUGUGUUCAAAUUAUUGCUUCAUAGACCUUUUUUCAGGUGUGCAAUACUUAUGUUUCAAAGGGAGUUUGCACUUCGUUUGGUUGCAAAACCAGGAACAAAACUGUACUGCAGACUCUCCAUUAAUACUCAGUUAUUAGCUCGCGUGGACCAUUUGAUGAAGGUUGGAAAGAACAAUUUCAGGCCCCCUCCCAAAGUGGAAUCAAGUGUUGUCAGAAUAGAACCAAAGAACCCACCACCACCUAUCAACUUUCAGGAGUGGGAUGGUCUGGUAAGGAUAGCCUUUGUUAGGAAAAACAAGACACUCUCCGCAGCAUUUAAGUCAAGUGCUGUAGAGCAGCUGCUGGAUCAUAAUUACCGAAUUCAUUGUUCCUUACAUAAUACAGAAAUACCUGAAAAUUUCAAAAUUUCAGAGAAAAUACAGACAGUCCUGAAAAAUACAGGUUACUCUGAGAAACGAGCCCGUUCAAUGGAUAUAGAUGAUUUUAUUAGACUGCUGCAUGGCUUCAAUUCAGAAGGCAUCCAUUUCUCAUAGAUCCUACUGCAAGCAUGGAAGAUGGUCUGUGUUUUGUCACCAAAACCUCACAUCAGACAGAGUGACUGCAGUGAGACCAACUCUUCUCACAAAAGGGGUGGACAGAACACAACAUCCACACUCCGGUUCUUAUUAAAUCUUACAUGCAGUUUUAUCGCAGAGAGGAGGCAAAAAGCUGCUGCUCUGUAUUUUAAAAGCAGUAAAUUCCUUCCUGGCAAAAGUGAGGUGCUGGACUUCCAAGUGACUCUGUGUUCAAAUACACCAAAUAACAUGUAUUGAUGCUGCCGUAAUUGAAAUCUACGUUCUCUGAUCAUGGCCUUCACCUCACUAUAUUCUUGCACAAUGCUUGACAGUACAACCCAUAGUCUGGUCUGGGCAAUGGAAACAGAGUUACAGUCAUUUUUCUUGUUGGGGAUUAUUUGUAUUAAAGUGUAUUUAAACACUUCCUUUUGAUGCAAAAUGCCUGUGUCUUCCAUUUGUCCUCUGGUAGUGACACACAUUCCAGGUCUGUCCAUAACCUUUUCUUGGAGAAAUCCCAGUAACUGUUUCUCAGAAACAAGAGCAUUGCAAAAACGUUAUCGAGGUACCUGAAACUACCGCCAUCCUUUACCCCCUCCUCGUUGCCACCAAACCACUCUAGGAACCAGCAGAAAACUACCCAAGGGCCGGUGCUCGUAAGCAUGGACAGAAGGUGUGGGGGGUUUUGUCAACUGUAACUUCAAUUUUAAUAAGAAAACCCCCCGGCACUUCGGGGCAAGGAGGAGUUGUAGCCUCCAUCAAAGCUGUCAGUGAGUCUUAGAGCAGCACAUAUCUGUGUCCUGACAGAAAGGGGAACUGAAGGGUCUUAAUCUGGUUUGGAUUAUGCAUAUUUGUUGCCAAGCUCCAGGCAGAGUUUUCCUAGGGAAAUCUGCAUUACCUCUGCACUGCAGCUGUGAAAAGAAAAACGUGCUUUGCUCUGUCUUAUGAUGCGGGAAAACAGUAACUAUUGAUUCUGCAGCAUCAUGCAGGGAUUACACAAACUAUUCAGCCACAACUUCAAGAUGCAUCUGCUACCUGACAGGACACGUGUAAUUUGCAAGAUGUGGUAAAAAGCUGCUGAAAUCCAGCUGCGUCUGUCCUUCCCACUCCUGUUUGGUACCUCCUGUAAAGCACAGCCUGGCUGUGGCUCUGGGGGCACAUGCGGGAAGAGGAGGGAAGGCACCGCUUCUCAGGUAGGGUGUCUCAAUCUUCCGAGGCUUUUUAGAAAGUGCGAUUUCCCUAGAGCAGCUCCAAAGAAACCCACUGGGACUACACCUCUACUAUCACCUGCUAACAAAAGCUGCCCCCUUCUAUUUCCGUGUUUUCUUCUCUUCACUCUGACGGACGAUGCUCUUAAACAACUGCUCAGAAAGAUGGGUGAUGGUUCUUUGAAGAUCUUCUGCAAAACUAAAGUCAGGACACUACUCUGGGGAACUUCUUCCCCUAUGACACGUUUGUACAGAAGCGUUAGCUCCAAGUAAAUAUCCCAUCUGAAAUCAGAGGCCUUUUCAAAAGUGUAACUCCAAUGUGCUUUCAAUGUGAAACCCUUCCCACAGCGCAAUAUAACUUUUGUAUGAAUAAAUUCAGACGUACAAUUCAUGUAAUAGCUUACUUUUAUUAAACACAUGUAAAAUCUA